UUCGUUUCACAACUUUAGGGGAAGAUUGGCGGUACCACCGAUCAGAUAUCUAUAAAGAAGGACGCUCUCCACCCAUUUUCUUUCUUGUGCAUCUUAUCUUGCAGCAUCAUGGAGGUGAUGCAGAGACGACGAGCCUUCUCUCUCUUCCUUCAACGAUUUACUCUCGCUUUUCUUGCCUUUUUCCUGUUCAUGGGUUUCGGCCAAUCAGUUGAAGCUAACAAGCACAAGGUUUACAUUGUGUAUCGUGGGCAUCAUAAUGGACUAAAAACUGUAGAUGAGAUCAGGAAAGUACACCAUUCCCUUCUUCUUUCGGUGAAAGAAAGUGAAGAAGAGGCAAGGAGCUCCCUGAUUUAUAGCUACAAGCACAGUAUUGAUGGCUUUGCUGCCCUUCUCACGCCAGAUGAGGCCACUCGACUCUCAGAGAUUGAGGACGUGGUCUCAACCUUCCCAAGCCAAGCAAGGAGCAUGCACACAACAAGGUCGUGGAAUUUCUUGGCAGGCGAGGAAAGCUUCAGUGACGUCGACGCUGAUCAUGAGUGGACGAGCAGCAGUUUGCUCAAGGAAGCCAGAGACGGGGAGGACAUCAUUGUUGGGCUUCUGGAUUCUGGUAUAUGGCCAGAAUCAAAAAGCUUCAACGACGAGGGAAUGAAACCAAUUCCUAAGAGAUGGAAAGGAAUCUGCCAGGAAGGAGACGCUUUCAAUUCCUCUCAAUGCAAUAGGAAGUUGAUCGGUGCUAGAUACUACCUCAAAGCCUACGAGGCUCAAUAUGGCAAACUGAACACCACCUCUGAGUACAGGUCACCAAGAGACCACGACGGCCAUGGCACCCACACCGCCUCCACGGUUGGCGGCCGGGCAGUCCACAACAUCUCCGCCCUCGGCGGGUUUGCCCACGGCUCUGCCUCCGGCGGUGUCCCUCUUGUUAGGCUCGCAAUGUACAAGGUAUGCUGGCCGAUCCCCGGCGGCGACCUGGCAUUGGAGAACACGUGCACUGAGGCAGAUAUGCUUGCAGCCAUGGAUGACGCGAUCGGCGACGGAGUUGAUGUGUUCAGCAUAUCCAUUGGCACCACCGGCGAUCAGCCGUCGUAUGCCAGCGACGGAAUAGCUAUAGGCUCGCUGCAUGCACUGAAGCACAACAUUGUGGUGGCGUGCAGCGCCGGGAACUCUGGCCCGAAGCCGGCGACCGCGUCCAAUCUUGCACCAUGGAUCAUCACUGUGGCUGCUAGCAGCAUCGACAGAAGUUUCGAGUCGCCUGUUGUUCUUGGAAACGGCUCAGAAGUUCAGGGCCAGACGGUGACGCCAUACAAGCUAGAAGACAGGUUCUACCCUCUGGUUUAUGCCGGAGACGUUUCCAUCCCUGGAACCCCUAAAAACAUCACGGGCGGGCAAUGCCUUACUGGUUCCCUAGAUCCCUCAAAGGUGAAAGGUAAGAUAGUGUUUUGCCUGAGGGGGAAGGAAGCUAGAGUCUCGAAAGGGUUGGAGGUGCGCCGAGCCGGUGGAGCAGCCGUGAUCCUAGGCAACAUUAAGUUGAAUGGGGCUGAGAUAUCUGUAGAUGCAUACGUUCUCCCCGGGACAGCCGUAGUUUACAAAGAUACAAAAGCUAUACUUAAGUACAUCAAAUCAAGCAAGAACCCAGUGGCCAAGAUUAUGCCGGCCAAAACGAUCCUAGAUGUCAAACCAGCUCCGGUCAUGGCUGCAUUCUCAUCUGUCGGACCAAAUUCAGUUGAACCUAACAUUCUCAAGCCGGAUAUUACUGCUCCUGGACUCAACAUUUUAGCUGCAUGGAGUGAAUCAUCCCCUCCAACAAAGCUCCCAUCUGAUCGAAGAAGGGUCAAGUAUAACAUAAUUUCUGGGACUUCCAUGUCCUGUCCUCAUGUAGCAGCGGUAGCUGCACUUCUGAAGGCUAUGCAUCCUCAAUGGAGCUCUGCUGCUGUAAGGUCUGCCAUCAUGACCACAGCUAAAUCGACCAACAACCUGGGUCUACCCUUGACCAGUACUGGAUCGGCCGGCAAUGCCAACCCAUUCAACUAUGGCUCUGGCCACCUGAAUCCAAUGGAUGCAGCAGAUCCUGGUCUCGUAUAUGAUGCUUCAUAUGAAGACUACCUCCUCUUCCUCUGCAGCUCAGGAGCGCAAAUUGACAGUUCAUUCAAGUGCCCGGUGAAAUCACCUAGGCCGUAUGAGCUAAACUACCCGUCGGUAGCCAUUUCUGCCCUCAAUGAGACAACAAUUGUGACAAGAACUGUAACAAACGUUGGAAUCACUGGUAAGGUCACCUACAAUGCCAGUGUUAUCCCACCAUCCGGUGUUAGUGUCAAAAUUCAUCCAAGAAAACUCCAUUUUCGUGCCGUCGGUGAGAAAAGGAGCUUUACUGUAACAUUCAAGGUCACCGGACAUGGUAGAAGCAGUGGCAUGAAGAAAGGGGAUUAUGUUUUUGGGUCAUACACUUGGAGCGACGGCACACACAGGGUCAGAAGCCCCAUUGUAGCUUCACUAGCAUAGUAUGUAGUACCCUUUAAGAUGUGAACCAAGGCAACAAUAAGAUUGCAUAUGUGGGUUUUCUCACAUACUGAUUCAGCUUAUGUAGAGACUGUGGUCUUUAUAGAAUGAUUUGAAAGUGUAGAUAGACAGAAUCAUGUUGUCUACUGGUGAUUUGCAAGAAAAGAAGGAAGCGCUUGCUAAAAGUUGCCAGUAUUAUGUUAGACAUGGUUCUUCAAUUGCAUGGUUCUUCAAUUGUACCGUGCUUUGUGGGUUUUCUGUUUCUCCUUUUCCUUUCUCCUUGUUUCUGUCCUUUCUUUUGAAUUCAUUUCUGUGUUCAUGCAGUUUUUACCGUGCUCCA